AUGCUGAAGGACGUAUUUCGCACGAUUCGUGGUGGGUCGUGGACAGGUUCUUCCGAAACCUACACGGCACUGAUUGUUCAGAUGAAGGCAAUUUUUCUGGCUAUAGGCCUACUGGCAGUGUCUGCUCUAGCUUUUGCCGAGGAGGAAAAGAAAGAGCUCAGCGAGAGCGGUCUCGAAAUCCUCAACCAACUCCGUGAGCUCAGAAAAGAGGAGGAAGAUGCUUUGGCUGCAAUUGACGAUGAAGAAGAGAAAGAUCUGAUCACCAACAUUCUCGAGAAAGAAGAAGAUGAGGCCGACAAGCUUGAGAAAACCGAGGAGUCCACCCGUGUGAAACGUGCCGCCCGCAGACGACGAGGUGGCAGACGUGCCGCUGCCAGAAGAGCCAGAAGACGUUUCAACCGUCGCCUCCGCCGCAACCGCCACCGUGCCGCACGCAAACGCCAUGCGCACGCUCGCCGCCAUCAGAGAAAUCUCCGCCGUGCCGCCAGAAAGAUCCGUCGCCUUCAGCGCCGUGGUUAA